UCGGAAACGCUGUUAGGGCAGUUAUAUUUUCCUCACAACUAGCUUCAUUGCUAAAUAUGUAGUGUAACACUUUGCCUCAAAGAGCAGGCCGCCACGUAUUCUCACCUGAAUCUGAAUCUUUCACGCUGUUAUGACAUGACCGUGAAUUGUUAUUGUGUUUAAAUCUUCGCAUCACUUGAGAAAAGUCUCUGGACUUAGCAGGAUGCUAGCAUGUGUCGUUAGCAAACCAAUGCAGGAAAUUGUCUCGUUAGCUAGUCAAGUGUUAUUAUGAGGCUCAAUGUUAUUUCUUUAUGCUCAUCCUCGAUAAAGGAGAAAUAGCCUCUGCGCAAUGGACACCGAGGCAAUAGUGAUCCGUAUAAAAACACCGGCAGGGGAUAUGGACUCGGCCGUUGAUUGUCCAUCUGUUCUGAACUUCAAUGACUUACUGGUUGCAAUCAGAGAUGUCAUGCCUGAAGCCACUGUCACAGCCUUUGAAUAUGAAGACGAGGUGGGGGACAGAAUCACUGUAAGAAGUGAUGAAGAACUCAAAGCCAUGUUGUCGUAUUACUACAACACAAUGAAUGAGCAACGCAUGAAUGGACUGCUGCCGGACCCUCUGCAGAUUUUUCCACGAGGUACCGGCAAGACUCCAGGGAACCGGAACAUACAUGGCCUGAAGGUUAAUACAAGACCUAACCCAGCAAAUGACUGCACUCACGCUGUCCCGGACUCCAUGGCCAACAACAGCUUAAAAAAGUCGUCUGCAGAGCUGAAGAGGAUCCUGACAAAUGGGCAGAUAAAUGCCCAGGACAUCAACUACCAAGAGCAACUCGGCCAUGGAAACGGAGGCACAGUUUACAAAGCUUACCAUAUUCUGGGCAAGCGGGUUUUAGCUGUCAAGGUCAUUCCUCUGGACAUCACGGUCGAGUUACAGAAGCAGAUCAUGUCAGAAUUAGAAAUUCUCUACAAGUGUGAUUCACCCUAUAUCAUCACUUUCUUCAGUGCCUUUUUUGUAGAGAACAGGAUAUCCAUAUGCACAGAAUUUAUGGACGGUGGUUCUCUAGACGUUUACAAAAGAAUUCCAGAGCAUGUCCUGGGAAGGAUCGCAGUGGCAGUAGUCAAAGGGCUGACGUAUCUGUGGAGCCUGAAGAUACUUCACAGAGAUGUCAAGCCUUCCAAUAUGCUGGUGAACACCCGAGGACAAGUCAAGCUCUGUGACUUUGGUGUCAGCACACAGUUGGUAAAUUCUAUUGCGAAAACGUAUGUUGGAACGAAUGCAUACAUGGCGCCAGAGAGGAUAUCUGGAGAGCAGUAUGGUAUCCACGCAGAUGUCUGGAGUGUGGGGAUCUCUUUCAUGGAGUUGGCGCUAGGCAUGUUCCCCUAUCCACAGAUUCAGAAAAACCAAGGAUCUCUAAUGCCUCUCCAGUUACUGCAAUGCAUCGUUGAUGAGGAUCCUCCAGUGUUUCCUGUGGGCCAGUUCAGUGAGAAGUUUGUUCACUUCAUCACUCAGUGCAUGCGACGGCAACCCAAAGAGAGGCCUGCCCCCAAUAACCUCAUGGAUCAUUCCUUCAUCACGCAGUUUAACGAUGGUAAUGCAGAGGUGGUAUCGAUGUGGGUGUGUCGCUGUCUGGAGGAGAGGCGAGCUCAGCAGGGACACUGACGUCCUCCUGCUGCCCGCCCACAAUGGACCAGGACAUUCUGAUCACAAACCUUGAACACUUAUCGAAGGCUUCAGGAUUAAGUAUGUCCCAAUGCACUGUACAAGUGACUCAUUGACAAAAAAUGACUAGAUGUUACAAACUUUAUGUGAGUAAUUCUUUAUUUAACAGCACUCGUGCGCUGUGACAAUGAGGAGCUUCUUCGACUCUUAUUUCUGCAUUUAAAAAAGUGCAGCAUCUGCAGCUCUGCCCCAACCGUUUUUUGGGAGUAAGACAGUCUGAUGGAUGGAGAAAAACGGUUAGAUUUAAAGGAUCAGUGACAAAAAACACCUUCAAAUGCAUGAGACUGCAAUAGGCCUGGCAGAGUAAUGCCUUGAUUCUGGGAUGGUAGCUCAAAUUACCGUCUUGUGCUUUACUGUUGAGCCCUCUAGUGAAUGUUAAGGUUUCUGCCUGUGAGUAACUGCCCAUGUGUGUGCCUGGUUUCCCAGUAGUGUCAUUUAUUACCUCAGCAAACUUAGGUUGUCACUAAAAUAGCAAAAUGCCCCCCAAAAAUAACCUGUUUUUAAUGCCUCCACUAGAACUUUGAUAUCCAGUUAUUCCCUAAUCUUGUAAGGCUGGAGCAUUUAGUGGACACAGAGCUCUGUCUCUGUCUUAAAGGGGGUUUAUGUGCACAACAAACCUGCACAAUCAAUGAGGUUUUUUUCAGCUCUGAAGUGUUGGAGUGCAAUGACAUGUCAACAUCCAUCUUUAAUUGGUUCUCAGGCUUACUAACCAAACAACUAAUUUAUCUCAUUUAUUGACAGGAAUCUGGCUUCCUCUCUUUUUAGAACAAAUUUUGACAGUGUCCUUUUAUCUCCGUUUGCACAGACAAGCCUGACAUUGAAUACCACUGAACAAACUACUUGAGAGUGAAUUGUGCACCAGUUUUUUUGUAUUAGAAUCCAUUAAGAAUAAGAGAAACUAUACACAUAAAGAGAGAAUGUAACAGAAACCAUACGUCUUCCUCUCCUCCCUGUGAAAACCAACACAUCUUGUUAAUUUAGGUUUCAUCCCGCUUUCUAACCAGUAAAUCCUUGCUUUAGCAACAUGUGUCAUGUGCUGAACAGAAACUAUGCUUUUCUAUUGAAUUGCCAAAUGAGAUUAGUUGAUAUAUUAUUGAAGGAAAUGUUGAAUGGAGUGCACCAAAGACCACUGAUGACCCAAAAGGUGAAUUAUACCUUAUGUUUCUUUAGUGACUUAAGCAUAAUGGGUUAAAUGACUCAAAAAAUGUUUUUAAUGAUUAACUGUUGAAAUGUAUAGAGCUCAAGUGCAAUUAAAUGUGAUUUCUUCCACAAAGUAACUGUAACACAUAUCCCACAGUGACAGGAUAUAAUGGCAGUUUGUCAGACAAGGCUUAAAGCACCAGUUAUUACACAUGUCAAUAUGAGUCUCUUUAGUCAAUAUUCAGUGUUCUUUUGUCCCCUGUAACGAUGAUGAGACAAUUAGUUGGUGGAUUUCAAACGCUGGUCUUUUUAGUAGAGGAUUUCUUGUUGGACUACUAUUUUUAACGUCAAGACUGAACAUUUACUUUUUGAAGAAACAUUGAAAACAUUCAACAGUUCACGUAGGCAGGAGUGUUCAAAUUACAGUUCAAUCAACGUCCAUCUUUGCACGUUAAGUAUAAUUUGAAAAAGACCCAGUACAAAGAUAUUUUGAAUACUAGCCACUAAACUGUGUAGCAUGACAGUAAUAAUGCUACAUGGUGUCAGUACAGUCUGAAAAACUGAAUUUUGGACACAUCACAUCAUCUGGCGGUCAUCUCCUUAUUGCCCAUUGAGAGGCCAAAGUAGCUUACGAUGUUGGAGGGAAACCUCUCAUAGGGCUGUGGUCAGAAUAGAAACAUGUUAUUGAAUACAUUAUUAAACUAUAUUUUUAUUAUGGUAUCGGUUUCCUUUUGCUACCACAGCUAAGACAUAGAGUUUGUGAUCAGUUAUUACAAAUACAUUUUUUGUGAACUGAACAACUAGCGGGGGGGACCAUGUCAUGCUCAAUCCUAAACAAACACAUUUCAGUAGCGCUGAUGUUCCUGCCUCUGAGACACUGCCUUUUUACUUAAGUAUACUUCUGUGCAAGAUGGCAUUCAUUUUCAUAAAAUAAAAUAAAAAUACCAACUCACAUUUUGAAGAUCUUCUGGUAGCUGAAGUUUCAAAAUGUUCAAUUUUCAAAAGUUUCACAUUAAAUAGAAUAUGUACUUUACAUUAUACCAUAUAUAUUGUUAAUUAUGUUUAUCUAAUUGUCAAAUUAUCUUCUAUAAGAGAUGACCCUUAUAUUGAGUUGGCCUUAAAUGUAGAUCAAGUACUUAGCAGUCUAAAUGGGUGUGAGAUAAGAAGAGUGUUUCGUGGCCACUGGCUGCUCAUUAACAUGCUGCAAAUCUUAAAUGUAUUCUUGCAAUUAAAAUAAAACCAAAAAGAAACUUUUAUUUGUAUUUUACCAGAUGUCCUGUAAGGUCCAAAAGCUAAGACUUUUGUCUGCAAUGUAUUCACUGGCUGUGAUUGUUAAAUAUGAUCUGCAGUAUCAGUAUAGAAUAUUUAUUAUUUUUUUUACUUUUCAGCUUGUGACUUUUGCCCUAAUAUUAUUCCUGUUUUGCUUUAACCAUGAAACAUUCAAGGCAGUGAUGUGACGCAGCAGGAACAUUUGUGCUGUGAUAUUACUGACUUUUGGCCUUCUGUUAUUAUCUGUGUUGGCACAUAUUGCAGCCAUUAUGCAUAAAUAGAAUAAAACUAUUUAAACAUUA